AUGCAGCUCAACUACCUUCUUACCCUGGCAUUGCUCCCGGAGCUCCUCGUUGCCAGAGUUCUCCUCCCCCGUGGAGAUUCCUGUUCCCACUUUGCAAUCGCCAACAAGGGAGAUACGUGUGAGAGCUUCUCUAAGACCUGGGUCAUGACCGUUGCCAACCUCAAGGCAUUGAAUCCUGGUAUCAACUGUCUGGACUUGGAGGCUGAUAAGGAGUACUGUGUUACCCCUAUCGUCCCGCGGGGUGCACCAACAACUACUGGCACACCUACCCCUACGACUACCUCGGUUCCCUUCCCUUCCCCUACCCUGCCGGGCCUCGCGAAGGACUGUGAUAAGUUCCAUAAAAUCGUGCCUUAUGACUACUGCGACAAAAUCCAGACGAUGUACAACAUCAGCACUGCCCAGUUUAGGGAAUGGAACCCUUACAUUAACUCCUACUGCAGUAACCUCUUGCCAGACUACUACGCUUGUGUUCACGUUCCCGGCACCAUCAUGACGCCUAUUCCGCAGCCACUGAUGCCUGGUGUCGUGGCCAAUUGCACAAAGUACCAUUUGACGAAGGAGGGUGAGACCUGCUUCAGCAUUACCCAGGAAGCAGGUAUCACGUUUGAUCAAUUCAGAUCCUGGAACACAGAGGUUGGAGCGUAUUGUAACAUAUGGCUUAACUACUAUGUCUGUAUUGGAGUCUAA